UGUUCAAAACAAUUAUCGUUUGUAAUUAAAAAUAUGUUGAUGAUACUGAAAACUUUUAAGUUAUUUAAGAAUAUCCUAAUAUGUUUAUUAUAUAUAUUAUUAAUUAUUACUACCGUUAGCUACCAAACUAAGAACGAACCGACCUCUGAGCCACUGAAUACUGUUGAUGAAAAUAAUAAUCCAAAUGAAGAUGUACAAGAUAACACACGUCUUAUUUCACCAAAACCUGAUGAUCCGACGAAGAAUACGGAAACAGAUAAUAAUAAAAAGGCAUACAUGAAUUCAGUCGUUAUGCAAGAAGCUCUUCAGAGGAUUCGUGAGGCCAAAAAUAAUCCCGCUCAAAAAAAAUCAAAUGAUGAUGAAAUUAACACUGAAAGAAAUGAUACACCUAAAACAAAUACUGUUGAACAACAGCAACCAGUACCUAAUAAAGAAGAAUUACCCAUUGAAGAAAACCCAUUAUCUCAAAUAACAGUUGGCUUAACUUCUGAACCUGAAAAUGAACAGAAUACCGAUUACGAAAAAUCAAAAAAAAAAAAAAAAAAAAACAAGGAACAAUUAGGAACUGAAGAUAAUGAAGCUGGAUCGAAAGUAAACGGAGAAGAUAAUACUGAAAAUCAGCAACCAGAAACCUCAAUGAAUAACAUAGAAAUCAGCUCAAAUCCUGAAUCAACCUCAAUGAAUAACAUAGAAAUCAGCCCAAAUCCUGAACUGAUAACCGCUACGAACGUUGAGUUGAAAGAAGCAAAUGAUCAGAGUACCCAUGGAGAAAUUAAACUAGAAGAAGUAAAUGACCAGAAUACCAAUGACGAAAAACCAAAAAAAAAAAAAACGGAAAAAAAAAAAAAAAAAACAAGGAACAAUUCAAAAUACCGAUGCCAAAAAAAGAAGAAGAAAAAACAAAAAAAAAAAAAAAAAAAAAAAAAGAGAGAAACUGAUAAAAUUAUCGUUAAAAAUAUUCCAACACAAAAUAAUAUGGAAAUUAAUCCAACGGACAUACCAGUAUCUCCACUGGAGGCGGUUGCAAUCGUAAAAAUUAAAAAUAACGAUACAGAAUCUGAAAAUAUAAGAAAAGAAAAGAAAAGAGUAAUCUUUACAGAUUAUAAAAUUUCGAGCAACAAUACAGCGCGCAUACAUUGUACAUUUCUAGGAGAUGUGCUCAAAAUGUACAACAAAGUAAAAAAACGUUUUGUUGGACAUUUUUGUCAUUCAAUCAUUAUAGGCACUCCAAUCAUCUUAAGAGAUUAUCAAGUACCCCUGAGCGAGAAAAUGAAAGAGAAUUUGGAAAAAAUACAUCCAGAUAAAAAAGAAAGUUUACUUAUCGUAAUUAUGCAAUAUUCAAGCUACAGCGAUUGGGCAAAAGCGUUAGUUAACUACAAUCAAUUAGUAAUAAAUAUAAUUCGUACGGUUGACCAAUAUAAUAUCAAUGGAAUAUUAUUUUCAAAUUUGCAACCAAUAAAGGGACAAGAUCAAAUGGAUGACAACAUGAUGAAUAAUCUAAUAACGUUCAUCGAAGAACUAACAAAAAUGAAAGAUAAUUUAAAAAUUGGCAUAACCAUUCAUAUGCACAGUCAAUGGAUCGUAUCAAAUACAGAAUUUACUUCAUUCGAUCAAUUAAAUAAAGUGGUCACUUGGUAUUCAUACUAUACGAUUUCUAUGGUAAAAUGUUCAGAUGCUUACAUAUCUUCAGGCACUUCUCCAUUAGACGGAAAAGAGAGCUUUACUAAUGCACUUGAUACAAUACAGAAAACCAAAAUUGAUAUGGCAAAACUUAUAGUUGGUAUACAAUUGUUUCCAAGUAAAAAUAAUGAAUUAGAACCAUUUACAUACGAAGAGUUUUGUUCAGCACCAAAGGAAACUUGGAAUAAUUGGUGUGCUGCGCAGCCUGAAGAUCUUCGGUUAAAGGGUAUACGUUUGCGGCCUUAUUCAAUUUUAGGCGUUCAACUGUUGUAUAUGCACUCGGACGAUUACAGGUCCACAUGCGGCUGCCAUUCAUUCCCGUUGACCCGAGGACUUCUUCGUGGCUUAUUUGGUAUUGAGGAUCAAGAAAAAUGUGAUUUUUAUACUGCACAUAACUAAAUACCCACAAUCGAAUCAAAAGUCAUUAUAUUAUUGUUUUUCUCGUUAGUCACUUAGUCGUAAUUAUUUUUGGAAUAUAAACAUUAUUAUAUGAAUGCUUUAUGUAACAAGUUUUAUAUACGACACAUUUGAUCAUUUUAAUUUGCUAAACGUAUUUUCAUUAUUAAUUAAUAUAAUAUUACAGUUGUAUAAUUAUUUUCAUAACGUGUAUAAAAUACAAAAAUAAUGAAUGUGUUUCA